UCGCCCGCGCCCGGGAGCGGAGCGGAGAGGAGCGGAGAGGAGGGGAGGAGCGCCGCCGCCGCCGCCGCCGCCGCAGCAGCCGCUCCCUCCCCGCGGCGGCCGGGGGGCGGGACGCCGCUGCAGCCAGCGCCGCUGUCAGCGCCGAGGGGCUGGGGGGCCUGCCGGCCGCGGGGGCAGCGGGGCGGAGCGGGGCCGCCCGCCGCCCAGAGCCGCACCGGGGCGGGCGCCGAGCCGCGCCGCAGCAGCAGCAGCAGGAGCAGCACCGCGCCCGCGGCGCCGGAUCCCCCGUGGCGGUUGCGACGGGCGUGUGGUCAGCGGCGCUCUUGGCGCCCGCGUUUUUGGCUGUGAGGCAAAACCCAGUUCUUCAGUAUCUGAGGAUGGAUAAAGACUUCCGCUACUACUUCCAGCACCCGUGGUCUCGCUUAGUUGUGGCUUACUUAGUGAUCUUCUUUAACUUCUUAAUAUUUGCUGAGGACCCAGUAUCUCACAGCCAGACAGAAGCCAACGUUAUUGUUGUUGGUAAUUGUUUCUCCUUUGUAACAAAUAAAUACCCUGAAGGAGGAGGCUGGAGAUUUUUGAAGGUGUUUCUGUGGCUCCUUGCCAUUCUCACAGGACUAAUAGCUGGGAAAUUUCUCUUCCAUCAGCGCUUGUUUGGUCAAUUGCUCCGUCUGAAAAUGUUUCGAGAGGACCAUGGGUCUUGGAUGACAAUGUUCUUCAGUACCAUCCUCUUCCUCUUCAUAUUUUCUCAUAUUUAUAACCUGUUCCUCAUUAUGGCGGGGAAUAUGAGUGCAUAUAUUAUAACAGACUUCAUGGGCAUCAGAAAUGAAAAUUUUAUGAAGGUAGCUGCAGUUGGGACUUGGAUGGGAGAUUUUGUCACAGCGUGGAUGGUCACAGAUAUGAUGCUUCAGGACAAGCCCUACCCAGACUGGGGAAAGUCUGCCAGAGCUUUCUGGAAGAAAGGAAACAUUAGGAUCAUUUUAUUCUGGACAGUUCUGUUUACUCUGACCUCUGUAGUUGUGCUUGUCAUCACUACUGACUGGAUCAGCUGGGACAAACUGAAUCGUGGAUUUCUGCCAAGUGAUGAGGUCUCAAGAGCCUUCUUGGCUUCUUUCAUCUUGGUGUUUGACCUUCUUAUUGUCAUGCAGGACUGGGAGUUUCCACAUUUUAUGGGUGAUGUUGAAGUGAAUCUUCCAGGCUUGCCCUCAGCACACAUGCAAUUCAAAGUACCUUAUUUCCAAAAGAUACUGAAAGAUGAAUAUCACAUACACAUAACAGAUUCGCUAGGCAAAUCAAUCCAUUUGACUGCACAUCACGUAUCCUGUCUGCUGAGUGCCUGUUUUAUCUCAGUGCUGCACCACCCUUUAGGAGAUCUAAUAAACAGCCAUAACACAUGGCACAAGAACCUCCCUUUGGGCAAAUGGUUUAACUAUGGAAUUAUCUUCCUUGUUUUAAUCUUGGAUCUGAAUAUGUGGAAGAAUCAAAUAUUUUACAAACCUCAUGAAUAUGGUCAAUAUAUUGGUCCUGGACAGAAGAUCUACACAGUGAAGGACUCAGAGAGCUUGAAAGACCUUAACAGAACUAAGUUAUCUUGGGAGUGGAGAUCCAAUAACACUAACCCAUUGACGAACCGGACCUAUGCCGAAGGGGACAUGUUCUUGCACAGCAGGUUCACAGGCUCCAGCCUGGAUGUCAAAUGCCUGGCUUUUAUUCCAAGUUUGCUGGCUUUUGCUUUGUUUGGUUUCUUCAUCUGGUUCUUUGGGCGAUUUCAGAAAACUGACCAAGGCAUGGAAAAUUUAGACAAAUCGUACACAAGAAUGAAACGAAAGUCACCAUCAGAUAUGGGAAUGACACGAGAAAAUACACAGGUGUUAGAAGAACCAUUGAAUUUUCAAGAACCACAUCUGGUAUCCAUAAAAUCAGACUUAAGUGAAAUAGUUUUUAAUUCUUCUCUCCUAACUUCUGAAAACUUGAACGCACAACUGAAUGAACAAGACAGCCCUUUACAGCCGGUACCAGAGUCCUCUGUCCCUAAGAAUAACCCUGUGACAUAGAGGAAAAUACCCAGGAAAAUCAGUUUAAAUAAGCAGUUACUCUAAGAUUUCAGUUUUACCUUUUGUAAGUUAAGAUUUACAUAGUGUUUAGAAUAAGAAACUCAACCUAUACUGAGAGGUGCUCAGCAUGCUUUUUCUAGGAAUUUUGUUUUUUAUUUGUAUUAUAGUACGUGCCUAUUGUAUAUCUAACAUUCCUUUAUAGAUUGCUUCCCAAAAUUGCACAAGCUAUUUAUUAAUACAUUACCUUAACUGUAUAAUAGUGUAUUAGAUGAUUACUUGCAGGUUUAAAAUUCUACCGUGGUGGUGCCUUGAGACAUUAAACUGUUUUUUAACUCAA